UGCAAAUUGUCUUCGAUCAGGGGCUUCAGACUGGAUCAAGAUAAACCGCAGUAGCAAGUGAAUUAGACCAUGAUCUAUUUCCAGCAAAAUGUGUUUGUUUGACACCCCAUCUACAGAGCUCCCCAAGCCUCCGGUGCCAUACACUACUGGAUGGAGGUUCACUGCAGAGUCUCAUAACGUCUCAGCUCCAACGCUAGUUACCGGACGCUGUUGCACGACUAGCAAAAGCGACAGGGUAGAAAGAAAGCGAAUGAGUCCAGUCGAACGAUGUAUUCAGCGACCCCCGUUACCCGGGAGUAAAGGGAAUGAUGCCGUUAGCCUGGAAGUACUUAAGCUUCUAAAAGGGGGCGAUGGCCAUAACUCGCAAGUAUUCACUGUCCGCCUAAUCGCGUCAACCUCUCAAUCGCUCCCAAAGAAUGGCACAGAACUUGUUGCAAAGAUAUAUGACCCGCUUUAUUUUGACGAUGAUGAAGGUUAUCUCAACCCAUUUCUCUGCAUGGAUCAAUACUAUACCCACGAGGCCAAUGCGUAUGAAGCCCUUGCCGAGUUCCAAGGUCGCGGUAUCCCGAAAUAUUUUGGGUCAUACUCCUUAUAUUUACCCGUUGAUUCAACACGUAAACGGGCAGUUAGAAUGAUUCUCAUCGAACAUAUUCGGGGAACCACCAUGGCAGAUGCUAAACCAACAUUGUUCUCUCAGUCUGCCCGUCAAUAUAUUAUGAAAACAAUUGUCGACCUCGAAAGCCGUAUCUAUGAAAAGAAUAUCUGGCUUAUUGACCUGGAGCCACGAAACAUUCUCAUCAGAUCUGCAGUGGAUAGCCAGCCUCAGAUAGUGUUCAUUGAUUUUGGGGAUGCUCUGUUCAACCGUCGACGAGACAAUUAUUAUGCAAUGCAGCUGAACAAUUUUUUGGGGCAUUAUAUUUCACCCCUUCUCCGUUGGAAGGAUGCCAAAGCAAAAUUAUACGCAUUUCCAAAUUGGGUCGAUUGGGAUUGGGAUUGUUGGUUGGAGGUAGAGUUUGCACACACAGUUCCUAGCAUCACUCCGGAGAUGAGAGAGAGGUGGUCCUAUAAAAGGAAGGAUAGGCUUUCCUAGGUGCUGAGAACAUCUACACGCUGAAGGGCGCUCUGAUAGCUUGCAUGGAGAUUGGAGUACGCCCAGGGUUUCCUCGAACGCACGUCUAUCUGAAAGAGCAUGGAGCUUCAGAUACAAGUCUUUCCAGAUUCUAGGGUCUAAGGUUCGGCGUAGAAAUGCCCCAUGAAUCCUGGGGCUUUGAUUAUACCGUUAUGCGCACCCAUGUUAUGUGCAAUAUCAAUGAUUGGCCGAGCGAUCGGGUCACGGAAAUUGUGGACCAUCAUAUGGAGAUCCCGGGAAUGAUCGUACCUAUUUAGACGUGUCACGAGUCAUAAAGUAAC